AUGAGCACCGGUGACAACCACGACGAGCCACGACAAGCGCCGCCCACCACAACACCUCGCUACCGAAGACCACCAGGUAUACCAACCAUGUCAGAACCCACCACGACACUCCUAACAGGACCAGGCGACCCCAGAACCACACCACGCUCAACUGCCGAGCGCACUCACCCCGCCGACAUACACCACGCCCAACAGCCCGGCCACAGCGGACCAAUCCAGUUACAACCACCCAGGAUGGGACAACUCGCACAGCCCAGCGACCACCUGCUCCGCGUGCCCUUCGAGGUGAAUGGGCGCCCGACCCUCGCCCUCAUCGACACGGGGGCGAGCCAGGUGUUCAUCCACCCCUCGCUGGUACCUCCCGGCACCUUCCGCCCACACCAGGGCGAGCUCCGGCUGGCAACCACCACCCACAACGGCCGGAUGAUGGGACAUGCGGAUGUGAAGGUAAGCCUUCGGGAGCUAACUACACCAGUGACCGCUGUUGUUGUGGGGGACUUGGGGGAAGAGCUUGUGUUAAGGCAACCCUGGCUGGAAGAACACGAAGCCGUGUUGGAGAUGGGGCCAGCUAAAAUCAAUGUGAGGCGAACUGAGAGAUUCGUUGUGUAUGCAGUGGGUCAAACACCUAGUCCAUCAGGCCCAACCAUAACACUAGACGACCUCCACCACGAUGUACCACCUGAGUUCCGUAGCGCCAUCAACAAAGUCCUGCACGAACGACGAGGCGUGUUCGCGACCGCCGAGCCCCUACGGCGCACCACUGUAGCCGAGCACUCCAUCCCGACCACCACCGACACACCUAUCUAUGAAUCACCCCGGGGUUAUGGGUACAAGGAGCAGAGGAUCAUACGGGAGCAGGUCACUGAAAUGCUGCACAGUGGGGUGAUCGAACCCUCAAACAGCCCCUUCAAUGCGUGUAUCGUUCUGGCCCCCAAAAGGGACGGUACCCUGCGUUUUUGUACUGAUUUUCGCCCCCUCAACGCUGUAACCAUCAGCGCACCACCCCAGCAGAUCAGCAUCGAGACAGCGGUAUCCGGCCUCGGGAGGGCCCGAGUGUUCAGCACGCUAUAUCUGAAGUCAGGGUACUGGCAAGUACCAAUCAAACACCAAGACCGGGAGAAAACCGCCUUCACCGUCCCUGAUGGCAGGCGAUUCCAGUACAGGGCCAUGCCUUUCGGGCUCAAGUGUGCACCAGCGACAUUCCAAGCAAUGAUGACGCGGGUGCUAGGAGGGUACCUCGGCCAGUUCGCCCUCGCAUAUCUAGACGACGUUAUUGUCUUCUCGGAGACAUGGGAGGACCACUGCCGCCACCUAGCACUCGUGCUCGAGAGACUCGCUACCCACCACCUGACCGCGAACCCCGCUAAAUGCCACCUGGGUACCGAGGAGGUGGAAUUCCUGGGGCACCGCGUCAACGUGGAGGGGAGCCAGCCACAGACUGGCCAUCUCCAGAAAAUCGCGACCGCGGAGGCUCCACGUACGAGGAAGCAGCUCCAAAGGUUUAUCGGUCUGAUCAAUUGGCUGAGGGUAUACAUACCCGAUUUCUCCCGCGUAAUCGCACCCCUCACCGACCUGCUGUCACCGCAAAGGCACUACCACUGGGGCAGCGAUGCGCAACGUGCGUUCGAGGAGGUGAAGAGCGCGUUCACUCGCUGCCACACCCUUGCGCGUAUUGACCCAGAACGCCCACUCAUCCUGCAGACAGAUGCCAGCGCCUUAGGGCUGCCAGACGCCCUGUCGUGGCAACCGAGCGACCAACACGAGGUCAUCGACGUGGAGGAGUGGGAGGACAUGCUGCCGCCCGGUCCCAACACCGAACACCUCUCGCCAGUAAACACCUGUUUACGGAUCACGACCGACGCCAACCAAACCGACCCACCACCUGACACCGCAACUGACGUCGACCAACGGGUCAUGACCGCUCAACGUCAAUCAACCGAAAUGACCCGACGACGACAACAAGCCGAAGACGAACUACACCCGACGUGGAGAGACCAGGACGGCCGGAUCAUGCACCGAGCGCUUGGAGUAGCUGGGUCGUGGAAGACCUACGUCCCUCCCGAGGCACGCGAGGCCGUCUUGAGGUUCUACCAUGACCACGACCUGGCAGGACACCCCGGUACGGACCAGACACGACACGCGGUUUCCCAACACUACCAUUGGCCUGGCGUGGCGCGGGAUGUGAGGGAGUACGUCCGGGAGUGCGAGGUCUAG